AUGGCGCAAGCAGAGCUCAAGUCGCGUCGCCGCAGCGACUACAAGUUCCACCUCGAGUACCGCACGCGAUGGAGUGACAACGACAUGUACGACCACAUGAACAACAGCGUCUAUUACUACCUCUUUGACUCGGUCGUCAACACCUACCUGGUCGAGCAUUGUGCGCUGCACCCGCCCUCGUCGUCCCAGAUCGGUCUCGUCGUCCACUCGCAUUGCGACUAUUUUGCGCCCCUCGGCUUUCCCGCCGUCGCCGACUUGGCACUUAGAGUCAAUAAGCUGGGGAGGAGUUCUGUGACGUACGAGAUCGGCGUAUUUGAGAGGGGCAUUGAGGAGGUCAGGGCCGUCGGCGAGUUCGUACACGUAUUUGUGGAUAGGGAGUCGCGAAAGCCGGGGACGAAUGGGAUGGAUCAAGAUCUGAGGAAGGGAUUAGAAACGAUUGUCGCAAAUCAGAGCCACAAGGCAAAACUGUAG